CCAUUUAUUUAUUUGUUUGCUUACUUGUUUGGGAAUUUAUUAUAUAGUGUAUAUAUUAAUUUUUACUUUGGCAUUUUACUUUACUCUUGAUACCAACUAGCUAACUGUGGAAUAAACUGAAAACGCUUCGUGGUCGUUCAUGCAUCAAGUGCAGCUGCCGUGACAAAACGUGACUUGAAAUAAUUAUUCUGAUCGUGGUUUCCUUUUCCGGUUUUCUGGGAUUGGUUUAUUUCGACAAUUCUUAUCUUACCUAAUAGCAGUAACUAGUCAGAAGUCUUGCAUUACAACUCGUUCAAGCUGAAGACAUUGUGGCUCAAAAUGGAAAAUGAGAAGGUCUCAGAGAGCUCUCGAAAACAUACUACUGGCGAUAAUUUUACAGUGUUCGGGACUGUUUUGUUGGUGAUUGGUGUUGUGGCUGUGAUAGUCCUCGGUUUGACAGUUGCACGUUUCGCAGUGUACGACAUGGAACUGAAAACGUCCGGCUGUAGAGUCAUCUCCACUGAAGUAGCAAGCGACAGGAUGAAUUGUAGUUGCACUAACGACCGUCCCUCCUUCAUAUCGGCCAAGUCCACUUACCCUUGCCUUCAGAUAAAAGUUGCUUUGUACGUUAAUGGUGAAGAACACAUAGCCUACCUGUAUGAAAAUAGCAACAGGGAGAAAAAUAAGUGCAGCACUCAGCCGUGUGACUACGAAGACUUCUAUAACGACGGAAAUGUGACAGUCUUCUGGAUCAAUUAUGGUGGAGUUAACGACACGUAUACCUGCUAUUACAAUCCCAAAAACCUCAAGGAAGCUUUUACACAAAGACUAUUGAAGAGCGAUCGGAUGAAGCUGAUGCAUUCCUUUUUAUGGCCAGGGAUAGUUUUUGCCAUCGGCAUUGUCCUGCUGGGUAUAGGGUUUUGCCGGGAUAAAGGAUACUGCUAUUGCAGGAAGCGAAAUGAAUCCUCCAGUUCUGUUCCAUAUCAAGAUCUUUCGUCAAUAGCCUAAUUAGAAACAUUUCAUUACGAAUUGUUUGAAAGAUUAGUUAUCGUACUAACGUGUGGUCAAAAUAUAUUUUUGGGUUCUUGUAUUAACCACAUCUGAGAGUUUAUUGUCUGUCCUAGGAAGUACUCUGAUUAUGAAGCUGCAUCUUUUUGCCUUCUUUUAUUUAUAUAUUUAUAUACUUUUUUGCGUGCUGCCAUCGAUCUCUGAUAUGGCAUAGAUAUGGUAUAGAUAUGGCAUAGACUUUGACUAUGUCUAAUGCAGGUAUGCUCCGAGAAAUGAUCGACAACUCUGGUAAUUUAUCAAAUGACGCAGAAGUCGUAUAUUAAAAUUGAAAUUAAAAAAGAGGUUUUUGUCUA